AUGGAAUCUACCUCACCAGACGGUCAAAAAAUGAAAUCCAGGAAAUGCCUGACGGAAGAACGGAGAGCACAAGCGUUCAAAACGACGACGGAGAGUAUCAAACAGGAGUUGAUCCAAAAAGGAUACGGAAAAAGAGAAGAUCUCACAUCACAGCCUGCCGUCCUCAUGCGCGUGGCUGAGAUCCUUAGCGGGGACGAUCUGAAGGCCAAGUUUCCAGUGCAACCUCGUCGGAAAUGUAAUGGUGGAAAGAUGCCAAGAGAAGAAGAGAAAUUGGCAAAAGCGGCAAGAGAGCAAAUUAGAAGAAAUAAGAAGAACCAUGCUAUCCACUCUUUGAGAGAAUUUAUCAAUCGAAAAGAACUUGGAGAUGGAUCUAGUAUGGAGCAGCUCGACGUGGUGGAGAUCAUUUUGGAACAUAUCAAAACUCUUCCAAUCAAUGAGAAAGUUGACGCCCAGUUAGAAAAUGUGGAGGAAGAUCAUCUCUCGACGACCACAUCUCCAGGAUUUCCAACACAUGUUCCGACUCCGCCAAUCGCAAAUCUGGAUACAGUGCAACCACCAGUUCACACUCCAGGACUUCCAAACAUACUUCAAAAUGGACUCCCUCUCCAACCAAUGCCCAUGUUCAACUUCUUACUGCCACCAACUCCGUUUCGAAUGAUGCCAGUGAUGAUGAAUCCCGCGGCUAUUCAAUUCAAGCUGCAGUAUCAAAAGAUCCUCCAAAACAUGAAUCAGAAUACGGAAAACAAUGAAGAGGAGGAGGAGUCAUCUUCAGCUGCCAUUGCUCAACCAGCUGACGAUUCUGACGAAAGUGAGGAAGAAGAUGUGGAUCUUCUCAACUGA